CAGGAAGUGCUUGCUUAUUCAGUCCAUGUGGUUUUUGUAUACAUGCUGAACUGUGACUGAUUGCUAUGGAUAACAUUUUUGGAUUGUACAUUUAGUGACUGUUUAUGUUUGCAAACAUAUUGAAAACAUGAAAGUAGUCGCGUUGAUAAGUGGAGGCAAAGACAGUUGCUACAACAUGAUGCAGUGUGUUGCUGCCGGACACAGCGUAGUAGCUCUGGCCAAUCUGCGUCCUGCUAACACAGAUGAGUUGGACAGCUACAUGUAUCAGACAGUAGGUCACCAGGCAAUCGACCUGUAUGCGGAGGCAAUGGAUUUGCCCCUGUACCGACGCACCAUCCAAGGCUCCAGCUUGGAAAUUGGGAGGGUCUACAGCCAAACGGAGGGAGACGAGGUGGAAGACCUCUACCACCUACUGAAGAUGGUCCAGCUCCAGAUGGCCCCGGUCAUCCAGGACCAACUACGCUCAGGAGUUAGGCCCAAACCCCCCCCCCAGGGAUGUGUACAGGCCCCAGAAAGCCAUCAUGAAAAGGAGUCUGUGGAGGGGGUGUCUGUUGGGGCCAUUCUUUCAGACUACCAGAGAACACGGGUGGAAAAUGUGUGUGCGCGGCUCGGUUUGCAGUCCCUGGCCUACCUGUGGCGCCGCGACCAGACGUCCUUGCUCUCCGAGAUGAUAUCGUGUGGCGUCCACGCCCUCCUCAUCAAAGUAGCCGCCGUCGGGCUAGAUCCUGAAAAACACUUGGGGAAACCUCUGGCCGACAUGGAGCCCUAUCUAACACAGCUCUCUCAGAAGUAUGGAGUCCAUGUCUGUGGAGAAGGUGGAGAGUACGAAACAUUUACCGUGGACUGUCCUCUGUUCAAGAAGAGGCUUGUUAUUGAUUCUGUGGAGACGGUGAUCCAUUCUGCUGAUGCCUUCGCUCCUGUUGGCUAUCUUCACUUCAGCCAGAUGCACACAGAGAAUAAAGAGAUGGGCCCGGUGGCGGCGAGCGCUUUGCCCCUUGGUGGUUGUCCUUGCCAGAGUGCCGUUGACGAGAUGACUGACGAGGCGGAAUAUGCUGAUCAAGCUGAAGACGUCCAGGAAGAAUCUACAUCAAAAGGCGACCUUAGUUGUCACAAGGGCCGCGAGUUCCCCAAUCCUGUCUGUGACCUUUUACCAGUGGACGUCCUCCUGUCCUGCUCCGCUAGAAGCCCUGGGGGCUACCAGUGGAUUUCCGGUAUCAAGCCUCUCACCCCAGACGAAGGGAUCGAGAGUCAGACCGCUGCAGCAUUCACUCUGCUGCAAGGCGAGCUGGAAAUGAGAGGCUGCCGGAUGAAACACAUCGUCCUGGUCCACCUGUACGUGAGGGACAUGCAAGACUUCAGUUUACUCAACAAAGUCUACGCCACCCACUUUGGCGUCAACCCGCCUGCUAGGGUGUGUGUCCAAGUCCCGCUGCCGGUCGGCCAGCUCCUCCAGAUGGACUGUCUGCUCCACGACUGGCCUUCAGAGCCCCAGGAGGCCCCAGAGGAGGCUGCCUUCCAUCACAGAGAGGCCCUUCACGUCCAGAGCCUGUCCCACUGGGCCCCUGCCAACAUCGGGCCCUAUAGCCAGGCCUUCAGGGUGGAUGAGACGGUGUUCUGUGCAGGCCAGAUCGCCCUGGUUCCUUGUACCAUGCAGCUAGUGAGUGGCGGAACCGGGACCCAGGCCCGCCUGUCCUUCAGCCACGUUGAGAAGGUUCUGGAAGCGGUCAUCGGCAGCCUCACCCUGAACCAUGUGCUGCAGGCCCACUGCUACGUCACCCGCAGCCAGGACAUCCCCAUCGUCAGAGGAGUCUGGGACGGCAAGCUGGGUGCUGCGCAAAAGGAGGAAUGGUUGGGCGGACCGGCGCCUCACUGCAGCCCCUUGGCUGUCGUCGUGGUCCCUUUCUUACCCAGAGGUGCUGCUGUGGAACUGCACGUAACCGCCGCCCACGACGACCCUAGACACAGGAAGUCCUCUCAUGUGACGGCCGAGGUGCCGUGCGGAACCGUGGAAUGUCACGCCACAAUGUCCAGCGAUUGUCAGUGUGCCGCUGUUUCCCUGGCCUUGGUUGUGCCCGGUCUGGUGCCAGCUGUCCAAGGGUUAGAUCAGGAGAUUCUGGGGGCACUGGGCGCUACCCUUCAGAGCGCCAGGCAGAAGUGGGGUGAAGGUGGUUGUCUCUUUCCGCUGUGUGCCAGGGUGUUCUACAAGUAUGACGACGCUCUGGCUAGACGGCUCGUAACUGGACUUGAGGAAUUUCUGAAGACCGCUCUACACCCGUCCAGUCCGUCUGUGGCUUCGGUUCCGGUCCUGGACUUGCCAGACUCUGCCAUCCUCCUCGUGUCCUGCUGGUUCGGCCUAUAGAGAGGCCCCGUCCCAUCCAUGUCCCUGGCCCUCAGCUUGGUGGGGGAGGGGGCCGCGGAGGGGCCGCAGCUUUCCGGAGAUCAGUCCGAGAAGAAGCAUGACGCCGUUCACAUCGCUCACCGUCCUUCUGGAGACGCCAAACAUUUACCGGAGCGACUCAGACUUUUCGUUUCUUUUUUUGUUAUGAGUGCUAUUUCGACUAUUGUGUGUGUCCGCUUGGAUUAGUGGAUGUAGCAUAUCUCUGUAUGUGUAUAUUUGCGUGCAUAUGAGUAUGGAGCUUAACUGGGCAAGGCAAGUAAUCCCUGCCCCCCCAGAGCCAUGCAGCAGCUGUCACUCCGAAACAGAGAGAGCAUUUAUGAGAGGGAUCUUCCACCGUACAGCGCAGGACAGUAUGGCCCAAAUAGCACGGCGCCGCAGAGCCGCCGUGGAGUACAUCCCAGAACGCAAGCUAAGGGCGGUUAGCGCCCAGCGCGCUAACACCCGUAAUAAAAGCCAAGCGCGGUCGAAAAGCUCCGCAUUGAUUUGUUUUUAGGCGGCCCUGCUUUGUUUGAGUUGGCUUCACGCUCGACAGGGCCAGAGAUGUGUUAUUAUAGUGUAAUAGGCAAUCAGAAGCAAGCACCUGAAAAGAUUAAGCCUCUUUAUGUUCCACAUCGAUUCCAGCGUGGCCUGGUUAAUAGGAGACGGUCGUUCCACCGGCUUAAACGCGGCCGCAGGCCAGAAAGAGCGUUGUGGGUUGGGGGAGAAUGGGGGGGGGGGGGCGCCAUUAACUAUUGCUCUUGAAACAUUUAUUUUCUCAAAGAUCAUGAACCAUAUUGACGAGCUCAAUUGGAAUGCAUCUUUACUCAGGCUAUAUUCUCAGCAUUGUGCCAGCGACGGGGGUGUAUUGAUUUCAACCCGUCUAUCGGCUGUUUUCAUUGCUCUGAUCAAAACGUGAACAAUAGAGAAGACCAGCGGAGCCUGAACAUUUUAUCGAAGGUCCAAAAAACAAACAAGCAAUUAUCUAUGUGGCUGAGCAAAACAACACACUAAAUGUUAAGGUUAACCUUGUAACUGUUGUAGGCCGGCUCCUGAGAUACAGGCUUUAGUCUGAAACGCAGGCGAACAUCGUGACUAACGCUCAACAUAGCACAACAGCAGCCCUCGACUGAACCGUUUUCUGUGUUUGAACAUCAUGCCUUAGCAAAAUACAAAGCUGACCACUGGGUAGACGCCCCCAAGUAGGAAUCUUGGUGUGGAUGCCAUCCUACGUUAAUGUUUUUACACUUAGAUCUUAUGUCAGCUUUUCAGAAUGAGUCCAUGGUGCUCCAGCCACAUUAUUUGGUGUCACACGAGAGCAACCACUUGUGGAUCCAUGAAGAGGAUGUCCCAGGCAUAGAAACAGACAGGAAGAGACAUCGGGCAUUCCGUCCCACCCCUGGACACAGUCGUCCAUACAGCAGGGCUAUACACUGUCUAGACUCUGAACUGCUCUGCGUCUUAACCAUUUAUGUCUUCGGCAGGAAACGAAUAAAGACAGGUUGACAUUUUU